AUGUCACAAACUAUUUCGGCGGCCAGUAAAUUGCUCAAACGCGAGCACCUGAAGGGUGGUCUUGACACGGAAGUGUCAUCGACGAAGAAAACAUUACAGAAACACCCUCAACUACUACUGGAAGUUAUCCGCCAUGCCUGCCAGACGCGCUCAUUCUCCCACAUUGCUGACCUCGAAAUGCAUAAAUAUCCCAAAUACCUCAAGCUAGCGAUACCGUGCAGUCGUCUCAAGCUCUGGAACAAAGGUGUUAUUGUUUUGUACAUGAACCUUCGUGAUCCAAGUGAUCGGGGCUUCCCUAUGCGAGACCUAGUGCCCGCGCGUAUAUUGACGAAAGAUACGGACUGCACUCAAGCCGAGUAUACCGCUCGUUGUUGCGCCUUCUUUACAGCCAUAUGUCAGACGCUUCAGGAGGAUCUGAGCAGCAAACUACCUCGGCUACGCUCUGGCAAUCCUGAUCCUGUAAUCAAAUCAUGGAAUGACCACAUGUGCAGUAUGCGCUCGAACGCGAGUUCCGAGUUCUUUCAGAAAGUUCAUUCUCGAUAUCAGGAGACCCUUACCAAGAUCAAAAUACCAAACCCCGGAGAGAAAACAGACGUGAACUCCGCUGCGCCAACAGCAGAGGAGACCGCCGCAAAGUUAGGGAGUAUGUCUCUCACGGACGAGAAGAUCGUGGCGCAGAAAUUGGAAGGCGAAUCAUUUGUCACGACAUCUUAUAACAACAUGCUGAUGGUUCUGCAACAUAUAUUUACUGAGAAAAACAAGGACGAGGUUUCGAAUAAUGAUCCCAAACUCGUCGUCUUUGCAUCCACGACCUCGCAGGUGGCAGAUUUUUCAGCGCCUCAGUCGAUCCAUGAUUCUCUGCGCGUAGCGAUAGCCGGCCAACUCCUCUAUCCGCCCUAUACACAUCUUGGUUGGGACCAGAAUGCAGAUCUUCUGUCUAGUACAUCGGCGAAUAAUGUUGCAAGCUUUGAUCACAUCGUUGGAUUCGGUCGUCCACCAUGGAAGUCACUCGUAGGGAAACGUACUAUCGCUGAUGUUUUGGAACUGGCUGCCCAGAAACUCUGCAAAUCGAUAGCAUCUGACGCAAAUGAUGCGAACCAGGCUCUUGCUAUACUGUCCCAGAGAUUCGGUCUCGACGUUUGCUUGGGCCACCCCGAUGCUGUGUCUUAUCUCGAAAAAGCAGUAGCCAGUUACCUGCGCAUAUGCUUCUCGACGACCGAAGACAGGAUGUGGACCUUCACCGGUUAUCCAUCAGAACCCAUUCUGUCUUGCGUUGUUGAUGGUGGGAUGGUCGAGAUAGGACAGAGCGGGGAGUUAGCAAGCAGGCUUUUGCUGCUUCUUGCUAAGGAUCUCUUUAUUCGCAAAGACCCCCCUAAAGGCGUGAUCCGGGAUUUAUACUAUAACGGAAGUGGGGAUGCGGAACUGAUAGACUGCCGGAAGGUCUCCGUCAUUGAUUUCCUGGAGUACCUAUUUGGCCAGACGUUCUGGUCGAGGACAGUUGAGGAGGCCAAGGCAGCUUUUCAGCAUGCUUACAUCAAUUUCUCGCACUGGGUGUCUAUGACAGAGUUCAUCUUACCGCCAGUUCCCGAUCAAACUGACGCUGAUUCGUUGAGUGCUAGAUGCAGCGCCAAAGAGUGGACUUUGCGGCACUGGCAUCGCACAAGCGCGGUCCAAUGCUGUCAUCUGCAGCUGCUCGUCGACAAGAUGAUCCCCAUCUAUUUUGACGAUCCUGCCCUCGGCUCUGAUGAUCUCAGUCGCGUCUCACAGAUGUUUAUUUCCGACAAAGCGGGGAAGAAUUGCCAUGAGCAUGACUUAGGGUUGGUCACUCGCACGCAUGAUUCAAUCCAGUGCCUAUCGAAUCUCCCCUACAUCGCUCUUCUUCUCGACCUGAAUGUGAAAUCAAAGCUUAACGUUACGUUCCCGGAGAAGGAGCCAAAUCACGCAGAAAAAGACCGAUGUCUGCGGAUCUACGCUUCUGGAAUAAGCAAAACCACAUUUCCAUUCUUGAGUCAACAUCCCCAAGUUGCGAGCCAGCUGCGUGGGCUUGUCUCUCGGCAGAAGGAAGUACCAUCCCAAACCACUCUCGAAGCCCUGGUCAGAUUUGGGAGUACCGCUAGGCUACGCAACUUGCAGUGGGAAUUACAAGAUACAUGA